UUUCUUUUAAUAAUGGUGGUAGACACAAAAAUCCCUACAAUCAACAUUGUCACUUACGUUUCAUGAUAAGCGAGUUCAAGGCAAAGAAUUACAUUUAAUUUGUUAAUGAUCGUUUCAUAUUGUGAAUGACAACGAUUUCUGCCUCAUUUUCGCAUAAGCAUCGCAAGUGCUCAGUUGUGUACAAGUGUUUGUGACAUGGGUAAUUUAAAAGUAGCCUUGAUUGACUUUUUGGAAAAUGCACAAGUAUUUCCAAUAGUAUUAUCGGUUGGAGCAGUGGUGGUGGUUGCAACAGUAAUUGCCCACUGUGUUUGGGGCAAGAAAUCUGCACCAACAAAGAAGAAAAGUGUUAAAAAGUUGGUAGCACUGGUUGAUCCUGACACAAAGUAUCCUUUGCCAUUGAUUGAAAGAGAAGACAUCAGUCAUGAUACAAGAAGAUUCAGAUUUGGUUUGCCUUCACCUGAACAUGUUUUAGGGUUACCUAUUGGCCAGCAUAUUCACUUAUCUGUCAAAGUUGAUGGUGAUCUGGUCAUCAGAGCAUACACUCCUGUAUCCAGUGACGAUGACAAGGGAUAUGUGGAUCUGGUUGUUAAGGUGUAUUUCAAAAAUGUACAUCCCAAAUUCCCAAAUGGUGGUAAAAUGUCUCAAUAUUUGGAAAGUAUGAAGAUUGGUGACACAAUUGAUUUCCGAGGACCAUCGGGAAGACUGCAGUAUGCUGGCAAUGGAAUCUUCUUGAUAAGAAAGCUGAAGAAAGAUCCACCAAAUAGAGUGCCUGCUAAGAAAUUGAACAUGAUUGCUGGUGGUACUGGAGUAACUCCAAUGCUGCAGCUCGUAAGACACAUCUGCACUGAUCCAUCAGAUUCCACCGAGAUAAGGUUGCUGUUUGCCAACCAGACUGAAGAUGACAUUCUACUUAGAGAUGAACUCGAGAAAUACCAGAGAGAGUACCCCAAUCAGUUCAAAGUCUGGUAUACCUUGGAUAGACCUAAAGAAGGCUGGAAAUACAGCACUGGCUUCAUCAACGACGAAAUGAUCCGCGAGCAUAUGUUCCCCGCGACUGAUGACGUCAUAGUGCUGAUGUGCGGCCCGCCGCCCAUGAUCAACUUCGCGUGUAACCCCGCACUGGAAAAACUAGGCUUUAAAGAAUCACAACGAUUUGCAUACUAAAUACUAAGGAUAUUGGUAUGGAUUUGAUGAUAAAAUUAAAUUUUGAGGAACAAAUUUAGUUGUACAGUUUAAGAAAAAUGGUCAAACCAUAUUUAUCGGUAGAUAUUGUUGAUUUUAUAUGUGCUAUUUGUGUAAAAUUUUAUUCCGAUGGCAUAAUUGAGUAAAUAGUAAAAAAAAUAGUGAAAAACGCUAUCCACGCGGUGUAUAUUUUAUUUUUCUUGUUCACCCUCUGUUGAGUAGUUUAUUAUCCUAGUAAGUUUAGCCAAUUUUAUGUAAAACUUUUUAUAAAGUUAUUAAUAGAAUUAAAAAUAAAUGUUGUUAAAAUA